AUGAGCGAGAAUAGUAAUAAUAAUAGCAGCAGCAAAGAGGAUCUUUAUCCGUUGGCAUUGCUUAUGGAUGAAUUGAAGCAUGAUGACAUUUCGAACCGGGUGGAAGCUAUGAAGAAGCUUGAUACUAUAGCAUUGGCUUUGGGAACACAGAGGACGCGUGACGAGUUAAUUCCUUUUUUGACGGAGGUGGCACAGGACGAUGAAGACGAAGUUUUUUCUGUCUUGGCCGAGAAAUUAGGGUCAUUCGUUCCAUUUAUAGGUGGAAGGAAGUACGCUACGCUGCUUCUACCAGCGUUGGAGAUCCUAGCGUCUACCGAAGAGACUUUGGUGAGAGAGAAAGCUGUUACUUCUUUGAAUGAGAUUGCAGAGCAGUUGAGCGAAGAGCAAUUACUGCAUGACUUUGUACCCUUGAUCGAAAAUUUAGCUACCAAUGAGUGGUUCUCAUCUAAGGUCUCAGCAUGUGGGUUGUUCAAGGCUGUUUUUGUUAGAAUUCAGGAUGACAAGUUCAGAAAGGAUUUGCUAUCACUAUUUUUGCAAUUGAUUCAAGAUGAUACUCCAAUGGUUAGAAGAGCUGCAGGCAGAAAUUUACCCACCCUUAUUGACCAAUUGACUGAACAUCCAGAACUUUCUACCGAUGAUGAGUGGGACUACAUUUCUAGCAUGUUUCAAAGGUUGGUUAACGAUACUCAAGACUCUGUCAAAUUUUUGGCCGUUGAUGUGCUGAUUUCAAUUUUGAAGUUCUUCAACAUGAAACAAGACUUCACACAUACGAAGGACUUGUUGCAGUCUUCGAUUCAAUUAAUUGGGGAUGAGGCAUGGAGAGUUCGUUACAUGGCUGCUGACAGGUUCGAAGAACUAGCUUCUCAAUUCACCUCAAACCCUCAGCUUAUUAAUGAGUUGUUGGAGCCUUUCCUAGCGUUGUGCCAAGAUAACGAAAGUGAUGUUAGAAAGGCAAUUGCAAAGCAGAUUCCUGGAUACGCCAAACUUAUUAAUGACCCAUCUGUUGUAUUGAACAGAAUUAUACCUGCAGUGCAAAACCUCAGUAUUGAUGAAACCGAAUCAGUAAGGGCGUCACUAGCUCUAGAAAUCACAAACCUUGCACCAUUAUUACCAAAACAGGAUGCAAUGGAUAGUUUGGUUCCUAUUCUUCUACACAUGUUGAAAGAUGAAUUCCCUGACGUUCGUCUAAACAUCAUUGCCAAAUUGAAGGUUGUUAAUGAGUCUGUCGGAAUUAGUUUCCUAUCAGAGAAUUUGCUUCCUGCAAUUACAGAACUUGCUAAGGACGUAAAUUGGCGUGUCAGAUUAGCAAUUAUCGAAUAUAUACCUCUUCUGGCCGAACAAUUAGGACUGGAGUUUUUCGAUUCCAAAUUAAGUGAUUUAUGCUUAUCAUGGUUGUACGACGGCGUUUACUCUAUUAGAAGUGCUGCUAUCUCCAACCUUAACAAACUAACAGAAAUUUUUGGUUCCGAUUGGGCUCGUGACGAGAUUAUAACUCGUUUAUUGAAGUCCGAUAACCAACUGUUAAAAAAUUUUAACUACAGAAUUACUCUACUAUUUGCAUUGACUGGAUUGGUUCCUGUAGUUGAUACCGACGUUAUUGUGGAAAAAAUCUUGCCAUUUGUGAACCACCUUUCUACUGAUAAUGUUCCAAACAUCAGAUUUAAUGUUGCAAAAUUCUAUGCUGUGGCUGUAGAAGCCUUGACCAAGGAUACUAAAGACAAACACAUAGAACUUAUCAACAAAACUGUCAUUCCAACUCUUGAAAAACUAUGUCAAGACCCAGAUGUUGAUGUUAGGUAUUUCUCUGAACAAAGUUUGGAACAGUGUAAAUCGUUUUUGUCAUGA